AUGAAUUCUGAAUCUUUGACAGAAGAUCUUCUCAUUCGAAGCCGAUUUCAGCUUCCGCCUUUUGUAAUAGCGAAAACUGUCAAUGGCACAGACGUCUUUGACGGAUUCAUGCCAGCUAUCAUUCAGAGAGUAUUUCGAUCUAUGAAUAUGAAUUUGGUCUUUAAAAGGGAACCAACAGACAAGUAUGGAACCUUCGAAAAUAACACUUGGACUGGAAUGGCCGGCAUGUUAUACAAAGGAGAAGUUGACAUUCUUAUGAAUCCCCUUAUACCAAAACCUGCAUUCUACGACUUUGCAGUUAUAUCGAAUCCUGUUACCAUAGAAGCUUUUACGAUACUAUCUGGGAAAGAAGUGGAGGAAGCAGGCUUGUUCUUAUAUUUCAGUGUCUUAGACAAAUGGGUUUGGGCUGGUAUGGCAAUAACAUUGUUAGUGGUAGCUUUCACAUCCGUUUUCUUGUUCAAAGAAGCUAUGAUGACAUCGGCCUUGAAGAAGAUGCAAUUAUUUAAUGAAUAUUGCUGGCUUUUCUUUGCCUACAUGAUGAGAGAAU